CCUUACAUUGCAAAAAGAGAAAAAGAUAAAACACUUUGACGUACAAAAAGGUCUUUUUACAUGAAAACAGAGAAGCAUCGGCAUAUUGGUCUUUGAGACGACGUGAGUUUGGCAUGUAAAACGUAGUACAAACCUACCUAAUCUUCUUCACUACAAACCACCUUCGUAAUCCUUCAAACUCCCAUUCUUAUUCAUCAAAGAUGAAUCCAGAAUUAACCUCCGGCGCCAACAACACCAGUUUUUUCAAUGGAAACGAUCAUCGCUUGUUCGCUACGUCUAUAUCCGCACCUCAACGACAGCUUUUAGACGUCGUUAAACCCGACCCAGGGUGGCCGGAGUUUGUCGCGUACGGUGGUCAGUUGGGUUAUGGGUAUAUGAAUCAAAACACACCAGGAGGCGGAGAUCAGACAUUUCUACCGGCGAAUUCGAAUUCAGUUUCGGUGUCACCUAAGAAAAGGAAAGCCGACAAGGGUCAAAGCCUACAGGUAGUUUCUGAAAAAGAUAAGAAGAUAAAAGGGUGUGCUGAAGAAGGAGAUUCCAAAAUCACACAUCAAUAUAGUAAUUGCGAUAACAAAAGCAGUAACAGUAAAGAAGCUUCUACGAACGCUUCAUCAAAGGAGAAAUCGAAGGUUUCCGAGGUUCAAAAACCGGAUUAUAUUCAUGUUCGUGCACGUCGUGGUCAAGCCACCGACAGCCACAGUUUAGCCGAAAGAGUAAGAAGGGAGAAAAUCAGUGAGAGAAUGAAGUACUUGCAAGAUUUGGUUCCAGGGUGUAAUAAGAUUACGGGGAAGGCUGGAAUGCUUGAUGAAAUUAUCAAUUACGUUCAAUCCCUUCAAAAACAAGUAGAGUUUUUGUCGAUGAAGCUUGCUACGGUGAAUCCAGAGCUAGAUUUCAACAUUGAAAGUGUAUUCACGAAAGAGGUGUUUCAAUCCCCAAUUCCGGGACUCGGGUGUUCUUCGGAAAUGGCUACUUCCACAUAUUUUCAGUUAAACUCUACGGAGCAAUUGGUUUCAUAUUGUGGACUAGACAUGGAAAUUAACUCAACGGAAAUGGCAAUAAGAAGAAGUCUUAAUGCCCCAAUUCCGAUUCCGGAAACAUUUAUGGAUUCAUCUUGUUUCAAUCAAAUCCAGCCAACUGCUACGUGGGAUGCUGAUUUACAGAAUCUGUACAAAAUGGAAUUUGAACAAGGAACAUUGAUACCAUUUCAAUCCCAUCAAUUUACAGGUUCAAAUGAAGUAAGCAAUAUGAAGAUGGAGAUGUGAUGAGUGAAAGAAAUUUUUUGACAUGUAUUAAACCGAAUUGUUAUUGAUCAUUAUUCUUUACUCAUUUGCCUAAAGUAUAUAUCGUAUAUGCAAGUACGGAUAUUGGCAUUGUAGGAACAAUAAUUAGAAUAUAGAAUGCAUAUUACAACA